AUAAAUACCACAAAGAGGAACUUCAGCAGUUCUUAAUGCACAAUACAGCAGUCUCCUUCUGAGAGUCAGGACUAGAGAGAGAAUUUGCUGAAGAGAAGGAAAAACAAACAAACAAACAAACAACCCAAACCAGCCCCAAAAAAACUGUGCGUGAAGGGGGAGGAAAAGCAGGGCCUUUUAAAAAGGGAAUCACAACAACUUUUGCUGCCAGGAUGCCUUUGCUUUGGAAGAGAGGAUUUUUGUUGGUGCUUUGCUGGAUUAUAGUGAGGAGUUCCCCAACCCCAGGAUCCGAGGGGCACAGUUCAGUCACUGACUGUCCAUCAUGUGCCCUCGCCACGCUCUCAAAGGAUGUGCCCAGCUCACAGCCUGAGAUGGUGGAAGCAGUAAAGAAGCACAUACUGAACAUGUUGCACUUGAGGGACAGACCUAAUAUCACCCAGCCGGUGCCCAAGGCAGCACUUUUAAACGCCAUCAAAAAACUCCAUGUGGGAAAGGUGGGAGAGGAUGGUUAUGUGGAAAUAGAGGAUGACGUUGGAAGAAGAGCUGAAAUGAAUGAAGUUGUGGAGCAAACCUCAGAAAUCAUCACCUUUGCGGAAUCAGGCUCAGCCAAGAAAAUGUUGCACUUUGAGAUUUCCAAGGAAGGCAGUGAAUUAUCGGUGGUGGAACAUGCUGAAGUGUGGCUCUUCCUGAAGGUGUCCAAGGCCAACCGAAGCAGGACAAAAGUCACCAUCCGCCUGUUUCAACAGCAGCGGCAGCCAAAAGGGAACCCUGAGGAAGCAGAAGAUAUGGAGGACGGGGGGCUGAAAGGUGAAAAGAGUGAGAUUUUGAUUUCGGAGAAGGCAGUGGACACCCGUAAGAGCACUUGGCACAUUUUCCCUGUCUCCAGCAGCGUCCAGAGACUCCUGGACCAAGGCAAGAACUCUUUGGAUGUGCGGAUUGCCUGUGACCUGUGCCAAGAGACUGGAGCCAGCCUGGUGCUAUUGGGCAAGAAGAAGAAAAAGGAAGAUGAUGGGGAAGGGAAAGAAAAGGAAGCUGGAGAAUUCACAGGGGAAGAGGAGAAGGAGCAAUCACAUCGUCCCUUCUUGAUGAUGCUUGCCCGGCACUCAGAGGACCGCCAGCACAGGAGGCGGAGACGAGGCCUGGAGUGUGAUGGCAAAGUCAACAUCUGCUGCAAGAAGCAGUUCUUUGUCAGCUUCAAAGACAUAGGAUGGAGUGACUGGAUCAUUGCACCUACAGGUUAUCACGCCAACUACUGUGAAGGGGAUUGCCCCAGCCAUAUAGCAGGCACAUCUGGUUCAUCAUUAUCUUUCCACUCCACUGUCAUCAACCAUUACCGCAUGCGGGGCCACAGCCCCUUUGCCAACCUCAAGUCAUGUUGUGUGCCCACCAAGCUGCGGCCCAUGUCCAUGCUCUACUACGACGAUGGUCAGAACAUCAUUAAGAAAGACAUACAGAAUAUGAUCGUGGAGGAGUGUGGCUGCUCAUAGAUACACAUGUGUGCAAGACCCUUCUCAUUAAGUUGAGAAGAAAAUGUAUCAAAAGCCCAAGAAGAGGAAAGACAUGGUAAAAAAAACCCCUUUUCGAAUGAAACUGUAAUCGGAAAUAAAAGCAAAAACAGAGAGUGAAAAGAAAAAAGACUUGUGGAGGAUCAGAAGAGACUUCAGCUAUAAAAAGGAAGAAAGCUUCAUGAACCUGGGCUUGAAUGAGAUAACGUCUGAAUGGCGGUAUGGGUUGGGGGUUUCCCCUUCCUUUCAGUAUGCUCCUUAUCUUAUUACAUAGUGUACUAAACAUUAGUUAUUACUAAGGGAGUUGUGUUCCCUCCCUUAGUUACCCAUCAGUUCAAGCCGUGGUAGCAGCUCAUCUAACCUGCAGCAAUUUGGACUAAGUCCAAUUAAAUUCCUUGAAAAGCCAUGUGUAUGAACACUACAUUCACUGGCACUUUCCCCCAAAAUUUACCGAGGAACUGAGUAGGUGUGUAGUGUUUGUCUGUAUAUACAUAUGGCUAUGUAUUUAUAUACAUAUCUCUAUACAUACAGACACUAUACACACUCAUAUACUUAACAUUGGUAAAGGGACAAUAUUGUGCAGGUGUACACACCUUCAUCUUCUGCACUACAUUUAUAACAAAGAAAAAAAAAGAAAGAAAAAAGGAAAAAAAGAAAAAUGGAAGAAAAAACAGAAUAAAAAAAAGAACGAAUGAAAGAAUUGAAGUUACAUUUUGUAAAGGUGCUUACAACAUUAGAACUAUGCAACCUAGUUGGUUUGAAACUGUUUACCUGCGGGAGAGAGAAAAAAAACAAACAACAACAACAAAAAAACAGACAAAAAAACAAACCAGAGAGACUUUUUUUUUUAAUGGAAGUAACUUGUUUUAAAAAACAAAAAUUCUUCAGUGAGAGAUACUUGAAAGGAACAUGUUUGUCCAGUUACUGGAGCCAAACAUUUCUAUAUUUUGUAAAAAAAAGAAAUUUUUAAUCGUUUACUAUUUGCACUACAAUGGUGUCUGACCUGUCUAAUCCUUAUUUAACAAAUAUUUGCAAGGGAGGGUGGUUGGGUGUGGGAGGGGUUGAGAGCUGCACUUAUUGUGAGCUAUACAAGAACUGCUACAGCACACAAAAUAGCUAUUUUUAUUAUUAUAAUAAUUAUUAUUAUUUUGUACCUUAAAAUGAAUAGACACAUACACCAAAGACAUUUGUGCAAGCCUCUAAAAAGUCUCUUUGUGGUUGGUACCAUUCACCCGUAACAAGUUAGGGUUUGAAUUAAGGGUCAGUGGGUUGAUUACAUUCAGGCUAGAAUAUCUGUUAACCAUUUAUAUUCAAAUAGUACCCUCAACAGAAAAUUGCCAUUUGAAGUAAGCCCAGAAAAGCCCUGGGAUUUGGAUCCAAGGUGCUUGGAUCCGAGGCCCAUCUAAGCAUUAUUGUACUCUUCUUGCAUGUACAACACUAAGACUUGUCCCUGAUGCACAGCAACUGUGCACUGCUGGGAAACAAUUUUAUACAAGGGAUAUACAUAUAUAUAUGUAUAUAUUUCUGUAUGUAUAUAUGUAUGUAUACACAAAGUAUAAGCACUUCUGGCUUCACUUUAAUGUUCUUAAAACAAUGAAUGUUUGUGUGCAAAGCACAGUAUGUUUAACAGAUUGUUUGUUACAACCAAAUGGGAGGCUACAUGUUCAAAAUGGCAUUCGUGUGAGAGAAACCUCAAGUGCUGGUGUACACUUAGAAAAGUCUUUAUGUGAAAUUACAAGCAGCUUUGGGCCCUGCCCACCAUCGCCCCUGCAAAUAUACAGAGAAUGGCAGUUGUGGUAGGAUUGCUGUUUGAAAUGCAGUCUUCUGUGAAAGACUGGCUGGCUCAACCACCACCCUCUAACAUGACAAUUCUUAAUGGGUUUGUGCGUUGCCUGCAAGACCUAAUUUUCAGUGUCAACACCUAACCUGAAGGGUCCAACCCAUAGGGCAUAGGUAGAUAGGUUUUUUUUUUUUGUUAAAAGAAAUUCUAUCGUUGUCAUAUUUAAAAGAAUGUUAAAGUUACAUUUGUCUUUGGGUAGGGGGAGAUCAUAAGAGGGAAUGGGAGAAACCAUUAGGCCCUGUUUACACUGAGUUUGAUAACCCUGAGCCUGAAGUUUCAGACUCUCACAGAUUUGCAGGACCAAGCCCCUGUUAGCUGCCUUCUGACAGGUCAGGCUUCAAAAUGCCUCUCAUGGAAAGAAGCACUAACACAGCUCCCCACCUUGUUGAGAAAACGGUCUGUAAAAAAGAUAAAAAAAAUACAAAUAAAAGAAAAAAAAAAGACAAAGAAAAAAAAGAUAGCACAAUUUAACCCAGUCACAUUGGCUAGGGAUAGUGUGUUAGCACCUUCAUGGCGAGAACCAUGUUUAACAGUGUAAUCAGGGCCUUCAUUUUUUGUCAGCCAAAACUGUUUGUGUGUGCAUGUGUGCGUGAGUGUACUCUGUGUGUGCAUAUGUGUGUGUGCAUGGGCCCAUGUCCAUAUUUGUAUGUAUUGAUAGAGAUUUAAAAACAAAACAAAAAAAAAAAAGAAAAAAAGAGGAAAAAAGAAAAGGAAAAAAAAAGCCCUUUCCUCUGUUGAAUAGAUAUCAACAUACCUGCUUAUAGCUAAGUUUUCUAUCUAAUUUAUUCCACAGUAUUUAGUUUGCAUAGUACAGCUAAUGGGUUAUACAUUUAUGUACUUUUUAUACAAUGCAUUUUUUUUUACAGACUUGUUUGCAAUUUGCAAAAAAAAAAACAAAAAACAAAAAACAAAACCCACAUUAAAAAAUGGUAAGAAUUGGGUAAACACUAAAUUUGUCACUAAAAGUAUUCUGUAAAAUAUCAAGGCUUUCUGAUUUAAAUUAUUUACAGAAGUUUGCUCGGGUUUUUUUGUGCUUUCUUCCUGGGGAAAGGGAGGGAUACCAAAUGCUGGUAGGAAAAUUAAAAAAUAGCAAAAAAAGACAAAAAAAGAUGCACAACUAAUUUAUCUUUAUAACUUAAACCGAGUUCCUGACCCUGCUUCAUUUGAAGCAAGUGGCAGAAUUGCUGUUGAUUUUUCUAGCAGUAGAGCCGGGCUCUAGAACAGCAGGAGCAGGGACAGUCUGUGACAGUUGUUGAGGAGAGUACCUUUUAUUUCACUUUAGGGCUUUAGAGUUGGCCUUAAUAUUGGAUGCAUAUUGUCCCAGAACCCUUACUCAUGUCAACUUUUUGAUGUCUACUGGUCUCCUUACAAGAGUAGUAAAACUACUUACAUGAGUAAAGGCAACCCAGGGUGAAUCACAGGUUCUUUUUGCUGUGGGCAGUGUGAAGGAGAGAAAGGAUUUUGAAUGAAUGGCACCAUAUCCAACAUUGUUUAAUUCAAUUAUUUAAACCAGGCUGCUUGCAUGAUGGAUGAUCUCUGACCAUAGUGGCAAGGGGGACAGGUGAGAUGGCUUACAAUGGUAAAAACCUGUUCUCAAGUGUGAUUGGUUAGAGAACGUUAGAGACCUGAAAUCCCAGCACCUACCCCUAAAACAACAAUGGCAAAACUCCCAUUGGCUGCAAUCGGAGGAAGUUUAAGCUCCCGAUUUCCCUGGCCAAAGCAUCAUACUUUUUUUCUUUAAAAAGAAAUGCGAUCCUGAGUUUGAUAGCAGGUUUUAUGUGGUGAAUGGGGAAAACAUGAAACUAGUCUGAGACAACUUCUAAGUGAAGAAAGAAAGUAAGACUUCAGAUAUGGUGAGCAUGUUUCAUACUAGAUACACCAAAACCAGAAAAAUCAAGAAGUAACUGUUCCUAAACCCUGCUUUUUAGCUUUCAUUUGUGUAUGCGUACUAGUCACAAAUUUUAAAGGUUUCUCCCUCCAAUCUCUAGAUUCAGUCAUGGGGUUUUGAUUUGUGGUCAGAGUUAUUUAAAGAAGGGGGAAAUGAAAAACUAUAUGAUAAAAUAAAAUAAGAAAUCGGGAUGUUAAUCAAGACUGACUGAUUCCAGCAAAACACCCCAUCCCUGAUAAUUUGAUUUAAUUAAAUCUGCAUGUAUCUAAAAUAGCAUAAGAAAUUGUUACCAUAUUUAAACAGUUGUUCAAGGGCAUGCAGUCUCAAAAAUUACUUCUCCUUUCAGGUAUGACGAUACCAAAAAAACUAAAAAUAAAAGAGGCUUUUAACUACUAACACAUUCCUUUCCAUAUAACCUACUUCCUGUUUAUAUUGGAAAUGCAUUUUCAGUAUAUGUUUAAUCACAGAAAUGUUAUUUGUUUAGUACCUCCACAAUCUUCCUGCUUCACAAUUGACCACAUUUGGUUCUUCCCCCCCCUCCAUGUCAGAUGCACACUGGAUACAAGACCUAGGAAACUGGCAAAAGUGCAUGUUAAGACGUUUUUUUGGGAGGGCUGAAUGUAUUUGUAUUCUUGGGGUUUAGCAAAAGGAAAUGCUUACAGAUGCUUAUAAUUAUUCUGCACUCAUAUGUCACAGCAGAAUACUGAUCUAGGGCCCCAAACUGUAGAACUAAAUGAAAUGGGAGUUUUGUCAUUGACUUUAAUAGAAACACUCACCAAAUCAUUGCAAAGUAAGACCGUGUUAUAUAUACCUCCUUUUUUUCACAUUUAGUUGAGAUUUAAGCCAUCAAGUUCAUUUAACUACGGCACCACAAGGCCAUGUAGAGGCCAACAGCAAUUUCUCUGAGGUAGAGAAGUUCAGGCAUCUGAAAUGUCUAUGUGCAAAAUGAAAACUUUUACGGACUGUAGUUACUCGUGUGGAAUAGUGCCUUACUCUGCAAGCAAUGCUGUUGAUUUCAGAGGGUCUCCUUUCCUAGAAAGUUACCAGUCAGCAUCAAUAAAGUGAGCAAAAUCUAUUUCUGAAAUGUAGGUAGAAGAGAUGUGAUGGAAAUGAUUAAGUUCUUUAAGUUAAACCUCAUGUCAAUAGUGUGCAUCAGUAUAAGAAUCAGAUGCUAAUCACUUUCCUUACACUGAAAAAAGCUUUACUCCCCAUCUGCUCUCACUGCAUGACAUGUGGAGUAAAAGGGUUUUCAGUGAGAGUAAAUAAAAUUGCAAUUUGACCUUUUGUGAACAACUAUAAGCAACGUUUUCAUGGGCAGAAACAAACAGCACUUCUGGGUUAUAUAGCUAUUUAUUUUUUGAGAUAUAGUGAAUCUGUGUUAAUUCUCAAUGGGUUUCUUUGUAUUUAAAUACUUUCAAAAACAAUACAUUGACGAUGGGUUGAAGAUAUAUAUAUGUAUGUAUAUAUACAUAUUAUAUAUAUAUCUACAGUAUAUAUAUACAUACACAACUAUAUAUAUGUAUAUACAUAUAUAUAAAUUAUGAAAGCCAAGAUAUUAUGAAGCCUAUUUUGUUUUUAUCAUUUUGUGUUUUGUUGUUGAUAUUAUUAUUAUUAUUGUUAUUAUUAUUAUUUUGCAUACUACAUGCAGUGCUUUAACCAAUGUCUGUUCGGCUAAUGUAAUUAAAGUUGUUAAUUUAUAUGAGUACAUUUCAACUAUGUCAAUGGUUUCUUAAUAUUUAUUGUGUAGAAGGACUGGUAUUUUUUUUAUUUACAUUAUGUUUAAAGAGGUAACAGUUUGAUAUGUUCUCAUUUGUUUAUAUUAGAAGUUAUUUAUUUUCACGGCAUUCCGUCUGGUAUUUUGAUAUUUGGAAGGCAUGCUACCUAUACUUUGUACAGUUAGUGGGCAGUAUUCAGUAGCUCCCGGAAGAUUUUUAGGCCCUAUGUUAAAUAAAAGACCUGUUUGGGAUCUUUAUUUUAGAUCUUUCCUAUUGGUUUGCCAGGACCACUCAGUGCACUUAUUGCCAGCCACUCUGCCUGCGUGACCAAUUUAUUCCUACUGUAUUUACCCAGGACAGAUGACCAAAAUCACCUCUGGUGUAAGUCCAGUGACUUCAGUGAAGUUAUACCAGAGAUGUAUUUGGCUCACAGAGAAAAUGCUUGUGCAAAUCAAUGCAAAGAAAAGGCAGAAAGAAAGAGAGAGAGAAAGAAAGAAAGAGUCUUUGCAUUUGGAAAGUUAAAAAUGUUUGGGUCAGCUACUAUUUUAUUUUACUUUGUUCUUUUUAUUAUUUUGCUCUUUCUUAUACAACAGCAGCAACAACACAAGUGAAAUAAAUAAAGGGAGUUUCACCAA